AUGGGUAAUAGAAGAAGAUCCAUUACGAUUACCACCAAUACGCCUCAUGCAUCUAAAUCAGACGGUGCAAAUACUUUAUGGGGCCAUGGUAACAGUAAAUUAUUGUCAAGGCUCAAGCCUAACACGGUCAAUACCGGUCAUAACCAUCAACGUGAAGUCAUCCCUUCUGCUUCUGCUUCACUUACAUUACCUCUGAUACAAACACAAAAGAUAAAAAGAAAGGCUGCCGACUCAAAAAAAUCGAACGAUGUUUUAUUGGACGACUCUAUUUCAAAAAAGAGAGGAUUUGGAAAGCUCUUAUUUAGAACAAGACGAAGUAAAUCAAUUGACCAACAUAAAAAAUUAGACGAAACCUCAAAGAAAGAGCCCUACCAACCCAUCUAUCAGCCUUAUCCAGCACCUUCUACAGAUAAUAGAAAAUCAUCAGGUUCAUGUUCUAUCUACAGUACAUUUGGAACAGAGUCAGUAGAUGAUGCUCUUUUAAAUGUGCCAGUCGAGAAGAAAGAUAAUCUUGAGCAAUUAACAAAGACGCGAAUGCCAGAUGAAAUCGAAGAUAAUGAGACAGUAACAACAACAGAAGGAGAAGAUGAUGACGAUGAUGAAGAUGAUGAAGGACGUCAAGUAUUUGUUGAUGCAUUGGAAGAGUUAAAGAGAGAAAAAACCGCAGCAAGGUUAUCAAAACGAUUAAGCGGUGGGCACUUUGGUAGUGCUGGGGGACUGAUGUUGAGUAUCAUGGCUGAGGAAGAAAAGAUAAAGCCGCCACCAGAAGAUAUUGCGGAAUCAAUGAUCAAUUGGAAGAGGAAAAGCGCCCAAGCAUUGCCUGUGUUGAUUGAAAGCAACCUACCAGAGAUUAUGAUCGUUGAGGACGAUGAAGCAAAAGAGUGCGCAAAAAAGCUCUGGCAUGAAGAUGAGACUUUUGUGCAACGGGAAAAAAUUGCAGAAUGGCUGGGUCAAAGUAAAUCCUUGAAUGCAAGUGCCUUGAAGGAAUACAUGUCGUACUUUGAUUUCAAAAUGAUGAGAUUGGAUAGUUCGUUUAGAAAGCUGUGUUCAAAGCUCUAUUUUCGUGCUGAAGCUCAACAAAUUGAUCGAAUCUUGGAAGCUUUUGCAAAGAGAUACUGGGAAUGUAAUCCAAGAACUAUAUUUCGAAACUCAGAUACUGUCUAUGCUGUUGUGUAUUCUCUUUUGUUACUAAAUACAGAUCUCCAUGUGGCACAAGGAAACUACACGAGAAUGACGCGCCAAGCUUUCAUAAAGAAUACAAUGACCACGAUCAAAGAUCAACCGGCAAACAAAAAUCAAUCGUUUACACCAACAUGGGAGGCACAUAUCGAGUCUUACUUAAAAGAUUUAUAUAUAUCUGUCAAGCAUCACCAAAUCCUGCAUCCUUUAUCUCAGCAACCGAUCAAUAAUGAUCUGCUUAACCCACUUCAAGAAUUGACAGCCAGCACAAAGCGUCUAAGCAUCAUGGGCAGUAAACGAAUGAAUGACUUUAAGAGAAAUAUCAAUAUGAUGAUGAAUAAAAACUCUGGCCGUGAAAGCAUGAUACUUCACGAAGACCCAAUUCCACGUAAAAGUACCAGUUCAGCACAUCGACCACGUUCACCAUAUGCAACACUACGAUCACACCGAAGAGAUUCACUCUCAUCUGUCAACUCGGCUAAUUCUUCUGGCGGCCAGUUCUUACCUCCAACACCUAAAAGUAGCGUCAGCAGCAAUCCGCUAACACCUCCUGGCAAUCUACUUCAUUUCCCUGAUAGUGUCAACCUGUUCUCAGAUAGACCGCCUUACUAUAAGGAAGGCGUCGUUAUGCGCAAACAUCUCUUGGAAAGCGCUAAUCAAAAGGCCAGGCACCGUGAAUGGCGUGAAUGUCUAUUGAUCGUAGGACAUGGUCGAUUAAAGAUGUAUGGAUUUACUGGAGAUUAUAAUAACGACUUGGUCUCUUCAUCCAUCUUGAUACGAUCAAGUAGUGCAAGUUUUGCAAAUCUCUCUGAUUCGCUCACUAAACAGAGUCCGAGUUCAUAUAGCUUAGCACCUAAACCAUCAACAUCUACUUCAUCAUCAAUCGGAGCUUUAGAUAGCAGAUUCUCGUCCUAUACUCAACCACUUGGGUCCAUCUGUUUGAACCACACGUUGUCUAAUCCACUUCCACCACCAGGUUAUAAUCGACAGAGACCACAUGUAUUUGCUAUUCAAGAACCCAAUGGUGGAGUAUUUUUAUUCCAGACUGGAUCUCAGGAACAAAUCUUGGAAUGGGUGGCAACGUGCAACUAUUGGGCAGCAAGGGAGAGUAAGGAACCCUUACAAGGAGGCAUAGGAAAUAUAGAAUACGGCUGGGGGAGCUGCCUGGAUGAUGUCAGGGUGGAUGAGGAGUCGGUUCAAAGUAGAGGUAAAAUCACAGGCACGUUUAUCCAUCACCCUGAUACUGUACAUAUUUCCACGUGGGUGCCACCUGCUCCUAGUAUGAUAUCAAGCGCAUUAGAUGAAGUGACUCAAUAUGAAAACUUGCAAAAGUAUCUGAAUCAAUUAAAUGAAGAGAUUAACGAACAUAGAGAACUUAAGGACAAAAUGCUCAUUAAAUUUCCUCCAAAGACACAAAACCAUACUAAAGUGCUGGCAAAUUGGGAAGCCAAAGCACAAUAUAUGCUGCAUGAAAUUAUAAAGUACCAAAACUACUGUGAUGUAUUAGAAAAAAGUAUUGCUGAAAAGCAACAAGAGCAACAGCAUCUUGAAGAAGGACAAGAAGACCAUUCAAAUGAUUGUGUAUAGUGUGAUAUACGUGAUACUUUUUUAUUUAUUGUUGUUAAUGUUUAAUUAUACGCUUUUUAUGUUAUUUGUAUAAAGACUCAUGCUUAAUGCAUUUCAUAUCCUUUUUUCAUUGAGUGUUAAGCAACAAAGCUUUGGC